AUGUCUUCUAUCGAUGACCUGCGCGCCAAAAUCAUCCUCAACUGCGAACUAUCAUUCAUCGAGUUUGAUGUCUUCACCAUCACCGUCUCAGUCAUGAAGCGCGGUCAGCUCGAGACACACACUGCUUACGUCGUUGCUGGACCCCAGCGUGCAACCAUCGCGCGUGCUAGUGGUAGCACUGCUCAGGAGGCCCUUGAGGAUCUCCUCAACAUUACCAGUAUCUGA